CAAUUACAUAAUUGGCCCGACAAGCCAGGACUUGUAGCAACAGGUCGACGGCAAACCAACAGUAUACACUGAUUAUUGUUAAACGAGAGCAAAGAUAGCACUAUCCAUCUGGACUGAUCACACCGGGACGGCGAAUACUUUUCAUCACAGUAACAUUACUACCUUGAACUUAAUUUUACCAUGACUAAAAUGGAAGCAUCUGCCGCAAUGUCCCCAGCCAAAGAAUCCGUUUCUUCUCCCGGCGUUGAUAGCAGUAAAGCAUCAACGUCAGGGAAGCGCGCCAAAACGACCCGCGCCUGCGACGAAUGCCGUAAACGCAAGGUAAAAUGCGACGGAGCGUAUCCUUGCCAACGCUGUAACAAAAAUGAAACGCCUUGCGUAUUUGCAAAGCUUCCCCCAAAACGUGGCCCUCCAAAGCAAUACGUUGAGAUUUUGGAGACUCGGUUAAAGCUGAUCGAAAAGGCUCUUAAGGAGAUUGAUGGAUCAAAGCAGUUUAUGGGACUGGAGACGAAUGUGGACUCACAAGAGGAGGAUUGGGCAGUUCAGCAUGUUUUAGAGGACACUGAUCAGCAAGAGCAGGCCUGGGAAACCGAAUCGUGGGUCAUGUUAAAUUCAGAUAAUGAGACGAUAUCCCCUUCUCUACUGGAGCAGAAACAACGACCCGACCAAAUGACACAGAUUUUUGAUGCCACACCACACACUCUUAGUGUCAACGAGAUUGGACAAGGACUCUACGUGGAUGACCGGCAAUGUCGCACGGAUCGAAUCCCGUCCAUGUAUAGUGCACCAUCCAGUGUAUUUUCUGAAAAGAGCACUUCUGCAGCAGAAGCUUCGCCUGAGUCAGCUUCCAAUGACUUGCCAUUGACAAUGUAUCAUUUGGAGCCGGAACCACUACCACCUCGUAAAGUGAUUGGGCCGAAUACACUUUCUAGUAACAUGCCAGCCUUGAUCGAAACAUAUUUCAAAUAUGUCCACAAGUAUGUUCCAAUUAUCCACAAGCCGAAUUUUCUGAAGCAAAUGCAAAACAAGAAUAAUCCCCCUUCGCUGAUUCUACUGAAUGCUAUGUGUGCAGUUGCAGCAAGGUGGCAUGAAGCUAGCGACGCUAAUGCUGGCCCACCAGGUGUUACAUUUUACCAAAAAGCGUUCGCUUUGAUUGACGAUCACUUUGAUGUGCCUAGAAUUUCCACCAUACAAGCACUUCUCUUGUUGAUAAAGUAUCAAGAACAACAUCAUCGAUCCGGAUACUUCUUCCGGCCUUAUAUGUUUAUGGGUAUGGUGACAAGAAUGUGCGACGACAUUGGCCUGUCUCGCACGCAAGGCAGAUGCAUGGGCGACGCUGGUGAAAUUGAGAUGCGGAAGCGGACCUUUUGGGUGGCCUAUAUGUACGAUCUUUUGAUGAGCGUUGAACAAGGACGAAAGCCACAUUUCACUUCAAAUGAAUGCGACCAAGAAUUUCCAAAUGCCACUGCUGAGGAAGGUCCAGAACUGGAGGAUAUCAUAAGUAAUCACAAUGUCCUUAUCCAACUCAGUAAAAUAAUGGGCGAGAUCUAUCGUCUAGCACGUUUGAUCGCUUUUAGAAAAGGGAGACCUAGAAGCAUGCUCGAAGUGGUAGAAGAGCAAGGAAAGCUAUUCGUUCUUCACACCCACUUGGAAAACUUUUUACAUGAGCUGCCCGCAACCCUCGCAUACACCCCAACUACGGACCCAUACAGUUAUCCAGCUGAUAAACAUCAGAUAAGCGACUCAUUUGUAGGAUUUUUGCAUAUGCAAUAUCAUUUUUCAAUUAUUCUAUUACAUCGUCCGUACAUGAUGAGCCCACUUCCAGAAAUUGGAACUGAGUUUACGCCUUACCUUCACCGUGACUUGUGUGCUUCAUCGGCAUCGCACAUAACCAAUAUCGCACAAAUUCUUCUGGACAAAGAUGACAUAAACGAGUUUUUCUAUCCAACGCGAGGCGUCCAACAUACAAUUCAUUUUGUCAUCGCAUCCGCAACAGUUCAUCAGUCCAAAGCAAUGCAAUCUUAUGAUGGUCCCGAUCAUGAAAUUGCAAAACAACAAUACCUGACGUCCAUGAACAUUUUGAAGGCACUUUCGAAAAUUUCACCUUCCCAAAGCUUUGUGAAUGCCAUAAAAGAUGCGGAACUAGCCCACAUGUAUGGAAGAAUGGCUGUCAGUAAUAUGGAUAUGCAGGGACCUCAACAGCAGCCACAAACACCACACCCAGAAGCUGUAUCAUUUCGAGCUCCUUCUAGGCUUCAACGUUCACAUAGCGAUUUAACGUCUCCCGAGCUAGCCGAGCUUGAAUGUCAUCAAACACCCAAUUCACCUGCAUCUUUCCAUUCACAAAUAUCUCAAUUGGCAUCCAGAGCAAACAAACGGUCCCCUAAUAGCUCUUCAAUGCUAAGGCACUCCAGUGCUGUUAUGUCGGACCCGCUGAAUUACGCAGCUCUUAUGCAUCAACAACAAGGUGAAGCCAUGCGCAACAUCAAUCCUCCAAAUUACAUCGAUCGAUACCAACAGUUUGCACGCCCACUUGGACAUUCUAUAGGCAUGUCUCAGGAUGAUUUGAUGAUGCCAUCUGUCCUGCCAUCGAUGUUGCCCCCAGCCCCAGUGCCCAAUCGUUCUCAGUCUACCAAUCGGCUCAUUCCUAGCCGUCCGAGAUCAUGGGUUCAAAAAGCUGUUUCGGGAUUCAAUGUUAUCCCGUACAAGCCAAAGCGCGAUGGUAUCAGCAAACUGAGUAAUAUUUCACCCAGUACAAGCAGCAGUAACCCUCGCAAUAAAAAUGCAUCUCCGCAAAGAGGUUUGUCUCCAGCCCCAUCACGUACCAAUUCAACACCUCGAGUUGCACCAUAUGGACGUCCAGUUUCCUUAGGCCACCAUCGCCGACAUACAAUCAGUGCUGUAACUUCAGAUCAGGAAUCUGAAACACAGCGUUACAACCAGCACGGGCGCCCACAUACCUGGACAUCGGCACCUGGCCCAUCCGCGGACCUAAAUCUUAUGCUUAAUAUCGCCACGCCACUGAAUGCUAACGCAGCUGAUGAUAUGAGGGAAUCAAUGAUGGUGGAUAGCAAUGCCGCCGCUGACACUGAUGACUCCAUGGUCCAGUUAUUGAUGAACGAUAGCCUGCAAUGGGACAUGUUACCUCAGUAGACUGUACCCUGUAACAUUAGGCGUUUCAAGAAUUUCAAUAUAUCCCCCACUUGCAAGCAGUGCAGGUCAACUACCUAGCCGCUCGCCCAUACCACGUUUUCGAUUUCAUUUAUUACCCUUUCAAUGACUGUGCCAGUACAUGUAUGUUUCCACCUCAUUAUUUUGUAUCGCAUGCCACUUUAUACAUUUGCUUCCUUUCCGCCACCAAC